GGGGCGGUAGUUGCUGCCAUGUUUGGGUCCCAGAAGCCUUGAGAGGGUGCUCCAAGUGCUCCAUCGACCUUGUUGACCGUGCUUUCACUUAGGGAGGACACCUGGAUGCAUCGGAAGCAGAAGAUGGGUCCAGUGACCUUUGAGGACGUGGCUGUGAACUUCAGUCUAGGAGAAUGGGCUCUGCUGGAUUCUUACCAAAAGAAGCUCUACAGAGAUGUGAUGAUGGAAACCUUCAUGAACCUGAUCUCCAUAGGGAAGACAGAGGAAGAAAGUAUGGAUGUGAACUACCCACAGCUCCAGAGAAACUCGAGAAUUCAGGUGGUUGAGAAAUUCUGUGACUAUGAACAUAGCAGUCAGUGUGGAAAGACUCACCAACAGAUGACAGAGCAUAUUGUUAAUGGGGAGAGUCAUCCUGCAGUCAAGGUUUAUGAAAGCAGUGUGAAUGUAAAAGACAUCAAUGGUCACUCAUCCUCAGAUGUGCUCCUUAGAGGUCAAAAUGAAGAGAAACCAUACAGAUGUCAGGAACUCGUGGAAAAAGCUAUCAAACGUGAAAAAUGUUGGAAAGACGUCACCUAUUCUGAAUCCUUCCAUACACUUGAGAGUGUUCCUGCCACAGAGAACAGUUGUGAAAAUACACAGACCUAUGAAUCUUACAGGACUCUUACGCCUCAUCAAGAUUCUAAGAGAGCCCACGCUGGAGAUGAGCUACAUGAGUGUAAACAAUUUGAGAAAACCUUAAAGGGAGAAAGUGAUAUUCAAAUAUAUGAAAGGAUCCAUACUGGAGAAAAACCACUUGAGUAUAAGCAAUGUGGAGAAGCCUUUGUUAAUUCCAGUCACCGGACCAAACAUCAGAGAAUUCACACAAGAGAAAAAACAUACUCAUGUAGACACUGUGGUGAAACUUUCCUGUAUUCCAUGGCCCGUCGUAAUCAUGAAAAAACUCACAAAAGAGAUCACACAAGAGAAAAAACAUACUCAUGUAGACACUGUGGUGAAACUUUCCUGUAUUCCAAGGCCUGUCGUGAUCAUGAAAAAACUCACAAAAAAGAACGGAGUUUCAUAUGUAAGUAUUGUGGGAAAGCAUGCAUUCAUUCUUAUCAACUUCUUCAGCAUGAAAGACGCCAUACUCGAGAGAAACGGUAUACAUGUGCUCAGUGUGGCAAAGCGUUUAGACGGUCCUCAAACCUUCACAAACAUGAAAGAAUUCACAGUGAAAGGAAACUUUAUGCAUGUAAACAUUGUGGGAAGGCCUUUAUCAGUGAGGGCAACUGUUCCAACCAUGAACGAAUUCAUACUGCAGGAAAAACCUACGUUUGCAAGCAGUGUGGGAAAGGGUUUACACGUUCCUUAUCCCUUCAAAAGCAUGAAAGACGCCAUACUCAAGAGAAACAGUAUACAUGUGCUCAGUGUGGCAAAGCGUUUAGACGGUCCUCAAACCUUCACAGACAUGAAAGAAUUCACAGUGAAAAGAAACUUUAUGCAUGUAAACAUUGUGGGAAGGCCUUUAACAUUGCUAGCUACUGUUACAACCAUGAACGAAUUCAUACUGCAGAAAAAACCUACGUUUGUAAUCAGUGUGGGAAAGGGUUUACACUUUCCUCAUACCUUCAAAAGCAUAAAAGAAUUCACACUGGAGAGAAGCCCUAUACAUGUAAAUAUUGUGGGAAAGCCUUCACCCAUCCGGGUGCUCAUCACAAGCAUGAAAAAAUUCACACUAGAGAGAAACCAUAUGUGUGUGUAUAGAGUGUGGGCAGGUAUUCACCUUUUCCAAAUUCCUUCAAAUACAUGAGAGAACUCAUAGUGCUAGAGAGAAAUUCUACAAAUGUAAGCAGUGUGGGAAAGCGUUUGCAUGCUUCUUACACUUUCAAAGGCAUGAAAAAUCUCGGUCAUGGAAAGAAACCCAUUGGGUAGAACUUGUACCUGUGUAAGCUAUGUGUAACUAGUCAACUUGGUUUUGAGACUAUUUGUUUAUCAUUUGUCUCAUUUGCAUGAGGUUUGGGGCAAGAAUACACUCAUGCCUCAGUGGACAUAUGGGGAGCAGCAGACAGCUUUCUGGAUUCAGUUCUCAUAUUUUCGUUAUGUGAGUCCCAGUGAUGGAGCUCAGAUCCUCAGUCUCAGCCACACGACCCUUCUAAGCCAUCCCAUCAGCAUUUAACUUGCUUUUUUUUAAUGAAUGAGAUUUCUUAAAUAGGUUUUAUAUUUUGUAGUUUUCUGUGUAUACUUUCUCCAAAAAACCUCAUAGAUAGUUGAGGCUUGAAAGAUGGCUCAAGAGUGGUUUACCUUCUGUGCUUGCAGAGGACCUGGGUUCAAGUCACAUCAUCCAUGUGGUGACUCCCAGCCAUCAGUAACUCCAGUUCCUGGUGAUCUGACACCCUCUGCUGGGCUCUGAACAUCGCAUACACAUACGUAUAGGCAAAAUACAUAAGAUAAUAAGCCUUUAAAAGAAUGGAGAUAGACUGGGCAUAAUAUAAAACUUAUCAGUACAAUUUCCCCCACAUGUACAAGAGUACAUAGAUGCACACUUGCUCUUGCAUCAGGCAUCAGCGUGUAUCCCUUUUAUUCCAACACUGUGGGGACCGAGGCUAGAAAAUUACAACACUGACUAUAGUGUGAGAUUUAGGAAAAGGCUAUUUCCAUUCAAAUUCAGUGGUUACUGUGAAAACAUGAGAGAUCCAAGUGUGCUGGCACACACCUUUAAUUCCACCACUUGGGAAGAAAGAGUUAGGCAGGUCAGAGCUCCAGGGAUACUUAGACCCUGUUCCAAAAAAAGGGGGGUUAUCAUAACUAGUUCAAGGCCAUCUUGAGCCACAUGAAACUCAGAAAAGAAAAGGACUGUUGUGAAGAGAUAAAUUUUCUUAUAUAAUUGAAUUUUGCAAAAGUGAGUGCAAAUGCCAUAAGCAAAAUAACAUGUGUAAAUGAAAUAUUGAUGACAUGACCUGAAAGAAUUCAUUAAACGUUAUGCAGGUUUAUAAUAUUUGCCUAUUCUUACUCAAGACUUCUUGACUGUAUAUUACUUCUCUUUUCAUUGAAAGCAUAACUUAGUGAAUAAUUUAAGUAUGACUGCAAAUGACUGUCAUCCCUGCUGUAUAAAACUGAGAUGAGAGAAUAAACUUGAGCUCAUAUUUGAAGACCAUGAAGAAACUACCUUAAAGAGAAAAAAGAUGAAUUCUUUGAAUUGUGGUAAUUGAACUUAUGCCAAAUCAGUUGUGUUUCAGUCAGGAAACUGUUAUUUUUUUAUGGGUGGUGUUAAGUCUACUAUAGAGCUAUAUUGAGUUCAUUGAAUUGAAAUGCAUUUAUAAUUUAUAAUUUGGCAGGCUAUAUUUGUAGACACUUUAUAAAAUUGCGGUGAUUUAUUGUGCACGUGUGUCUUUAGGCACGUGGGUCCCAAGUGUUCAUUUGGAUGUCAGGGGACAAUCUUCUUAGCACAUGAGUCAUGAAGAUAGCACUUGGGUUGUUAAGCUUAUGGGCAUGGACAUUUUACCAGCCCUUUAAGUUGUUUUUCAUUAGUUGUAUUUGAUGUGAAAUUAAAAAUGUAUCAGUGUUAGUUUUUUGUUGUGUUGUGGUUUGUUUGUUUGUUUGUUAGUUUGUUUUAAUGCAAGGUAUCCCUGGCUAUCCUAGUACAUGCUCCUUUUACCAGGCUGUGCUCAAACUCAAAAGAUCUGCCUGCCUCUGCCUCCCAAGUGCUGUAUCACAGGCACGCGCUACCACAAUCCAGUGUGAUGCGUAUUUUUCCAAAUAAAAAAAUUGGGGGUUUU